AUGGUUGCUCCAGAUGUUCCAGAAGUGGCGACGGCUCGAGUGGCGACAGGCCGCUUCAUCUCGGUAUUUCGGUCUAUCCCCUUCCAGAUCGCCAUCGCCAGCGGUGUUUCGUUCACCGCGCCUGGUAUGUGGGAUGCCUUAAACAACCUUGGCGCCGGUGGUGCGGCAGAGCCCUAUGCUGUCUCAGCCGCAAAUGCGCUUCUAUAUGGGCUGUUCGCCGUCGUAUGUGUGGCUGCCGGUGCCAUCAACAACCGGAUCGGGCUUCGUUAUGGCCUGGCUCUGGGAGCGAUCGGCUACCCGAUUUAUGGAGCUGGUCUUUACACUAACAACUACUCGCCCACGACGUGGUUUUUGCUGUUCGGCAGCGCCCUCUGCGGUAUUUCAGCUGGGUUCUUCUGGGCUGCCGAAGCGGCCAUUAUCAUCGGAUAUCCUAGCCCGCAGGAUCGGGCCUUUUACCUGGCUAUAUGGCAAACCGCAAAGGCCGCAGGCCCCAUCGUCGGCGGCGCGAUCAAUCUCGGUUUGAAUGCGCAAAAUUCUGGCCAGGGUUCGGUCAGCGCCAGCACGUACAUCGUCUUCAUUGUCAUCAUGUGCCUGGGCCUGCCUAUUGCCAUCCUUCUCAGCCCAGCCCAUAAGGUGCUGCGCAAGGACCGGACUCUUGUUCUCGUGCACAAGCAGGCCUCGUGGGCGGCGGAAUUCAAGGCCGCGUUCGCCCUGAUCGCCUCGCGCCGUGUCGUCAUGCUGCUGCCGGCGUUCUUCAUCAGCUACUUCUACAACGGAUUCCAAAGCACCUGGCUGACCAGCUACUUCACUGUUCGGUCUCGCGCCUUCUCCUCGUUCUUCACCAACUUUGCCGGGAUCAUCUCCUCCUUCCUCAUCGCUGGCCUGCUGGACAGGCAAUCCAUUCACAUCAAGACGAGGGCACGAGUCGCCUUUGCCGCAAUCGUCCUUGUGCUCACUGGUACCUGGAUUUGGGCGACCAUCCUGCAGUACCAAUUCUACUACGACUUGCCUGAGUCUCCGGUCUUUGAUUGGUUUAAGGGCGGCUUCGGCAAGACGUACGCAUUGGUCUUCUUCUGGACAUUUGCCGGCCAAGCAUUCCAGCAGUUUCUGUAUUGGCUUGUCGGUCAGUAUGCCACUGACCUGUCGUCCCUUUCCUACCACUGUGGCAUCCUUCGUGGAUUUGAAGCUCUGGGUCAGACUGUGGCAUGGGCGAUGCAAUCCGAAGGUAAUGCCAACCACUUUGUGAGCAUCGGUCUCAAUUUUGGAAUUACCCUCCUUAGUGUUAUCCCCACAUGGAUUGUGAUAUCGGAGCUCGAACACAGCCAUGAGGUCCAAGUCGUUGUUGAAGAUACCAAAACCGCUGGAGAACCUGAGAGGACCGUCUGA